GGCCGCAGUGGUCCGCUCCUCCUCUCCCGGCGAGAGUGGAGCUGACUGGGAGUCCCGGCCUGGGCCUGGGCCCGGCCCCAGAGGACACAAGGGGCCCCAGCUGUCCCCACGGCGGCUGCAAGAGGAUCUAAGACCAUGGAGGGCAGCCGGAGAGUCCUUCCCAGCUAUGGUUCACCAUGCCUCCUUAAGGGACACCUGAGCACCAAAAGUAAUGCUUUUUGCACGGACUCCUCCUCUCUAAACACUUUCCUCCUGGUCGAGAGUCACAUGGCUGCUCACUACACUAAAAUCCUUUCUGCCAAAGCUGCAGUAGACUGCUCAGUUCCAUUAAGCAUGAGUACCAGCAUCAAAUAUGCAGACCAACAACGAAGAGAGAAACUCAAAAGGGAAUUAGCGCGGUGUGAAAAGGAGCAGAGACUGGCCAAACCGACCGGGAAGACCAGUGCUGCCAAUAGCCCCAAGUCAUUAAUGAGCACCCUGAAAAAGCCUUCAGGGGAACCGCAAGACGAGACACUCGUGUUCAUAGAAGAAGUGAACGGAUUCCAGCCCUUUGGCAGGUCCCCAGUGUCCUCUUCAGAAAGACUGCCCCUGCGUCCCUCGAAGCCCAGCAAAACGCAGGUGAAGGGCGCUGGGAAGAAGGCGAGCUCCCCGCCCUCCAGCCUGGGCGGCCCGGCAGCACGGCCCCGGAGGGCCAGCCCGGGGACCAAACGCGCCAGAGGGUCCAGGAGCACGUUUUCCAGCCCCUUCCGAUUAGCGAUUUCGAAAACGCCCAGUGCGGAUCUGCUGGAUAAACACUCUGACCAGUUUUCCAACCAACAGUUGCCAUUCACCCCACGCACUUUGAAAACAGAGGCAAAAUCGUUCCUGUCACAGUACCGCUACUACACACCUGCCCGGAGAAAAAAGGCGCAGCCGCCCAAAGGGGAAGCCCAGACGGAAAUCAGCAGCUCUAACUCUGAUUUUGAGAAAGCCAAGACUGAAAACUUGACGGAUUCAGAAACAAGCAUAAAGCAGGCACCCCAUUGUAUAACAGACGAUGCCAAAGGAAAACUAGCCCCUGUACCGUCACAAGGGUGUGACUUAAUGUGGGACGACAUCAAAGAUGGCGUUUUCCAGAAUGCCUCACCCAGGACAAUAACUAAGUAUUCUGUACAACCUUGUUCCGGGAGAAGCAUUCACUCUGAUGAAGAAGAGCUGUUGUACCUGAGCUUCAUUGAGGACAUAACGGAUGAAGUCUUGAAACUUGGGUUAUUCUCCAACAGGUUUUUAGAACGGCUGUUUGAGAGACAUAUUGAAGAAAACAAGCAUCAUUUGGAAGAGGGGAAAAUGCGCCACCUUCUGCAUGUCCUGAAGGCGAACUUGGGUUUCUUAACUGACCAGACCUCAGGGAAACAAAGUGACUCCGAGAUGCUGACUGUAAUUGAUUUUGAAAAGACUGAGAUUUCAGAACAAAUGGAAUUUAAAAGAACGCAUGAAAUAACAGUUCAACAGGAACGCCAAGAAUACCAGAAGCUUUUGAACAUCUUCUCUGUUCAGAAGAAUGAGAAAGAGCUACUCUCUCCCACAAAUGAUUUCUACCUGCCCACCUCGAACGCAAAGACGUAUUCAGAAGAAGUUGUAAUUCACCAGGUGAAUGAUGAAACCAAGCACAAUCCUUCAAAAUGGGAACAAUACCCAACUGUUUCAGAAUUCAUAUACCAGGAAACCUCAGUGAAUGUCAUUGAAGGUGACAGUGACACGGAAAACAUUGAGACUUCAAAUGAAUUCUCUUGUCUGAGGCCACUGUUCUCCCGAUCUGGUCAGCGCCCCAGGCUCACAGGUGACAAUAGUGACUUAGAAGGACCAACUCUUAAAAUCAUCGAAAUGGGCAUUAGAGACUGACUCUCCUUUGAAGGUUUGAUCUUCACUAAUAAACAUCUCAGAUGGCCGGGAACUCA